AUGCUGCGGAAGCUCACCGGGGAGCAGAUCAGCGACUGGUUCACCAUCGGCAAAGCCGUGACCGCCGUCGAGUUCUUGGGCGAGGAGGCGCAGGCUGGCGCCCUGCACAGUCCCCUCUGCCGCCGCCCGGCCCCCCUCGCCGCACGAGAGCCGUUAACGGCUGCGGGGCUGCCUAUCACAGAGAGUGUUGGAACUGAAUAUGCUGAAAAAUACAGACAAGUGGAGGCACAAGAGCUAGAUGUAGUUGGAAAUGACCAGCUUGCCUAUGAACCAGAUACUUCAUUGUCUCAGUGUGAAUCAAGUGAUUGGACUUCUAUACCAAUAAGUAACCAUAAAUGUGUGGAUAUGCCUGUAGCCAAACACAGGGAAGAGAUAGUAUCUCUGAUAGAAAGCAAUUCAGUUGUGAUUGUACAAGGAGCAACUGGCAGUGGUAAGAGUACACAGAUUCCACAAUAUAUUUUGGAUUAUUGCAUUCAGCACUCUAUCUACUGCAACAUUGCUGUUACCCAGCCUCGGAAAAUUGGUGCCAGCAGCAUUGCCAGGUGGAUUAGCAAGGAACGAUCGUGGACACUAGGUGGAUUUGUAGGAUACCAGGUAAGUUUAGAGAACAUUUCCACAAAGGAGACAAGGUUGCUGUACAUGACAACUGGAGUUCUUCUUCAGAAAGUAGUUUGUGCCAAAAGCCUAGCUGAAUUCACACAUAUUUUCAUUGAUGAAGUGCAUGAGCGUACAGAAGAAAUGGAUUUCUUGCUUUUGGUGAUCCGUAAACUGUUGCGUACAAAUUCACAAUCUGUAAAGGUAAUACUGAUGUCUGCUUCCAUCAACUGUAAAGAAUUUGCUGAUUACUUUGCACUUCCUGUUCAUAAUGGUCUGAAUCCAGCCUGUGUAUUUAAGGUGGAAGGCAAGCCUUAUGCAAUCGAAGAAUAUUAUCUUGAUGAUUUGAAGCACACUGUUCAUUUCAAGUUUCCUUCUCAAAGAAUUGAGGAACCAGUAAUAGCAAGGGAAAUGUAUGAAGUAGCAGUGUCUUUGAUUCAGUCCUUUGAUGAGUUGGAGAUGAAGAGUAAUAGGUAAGAUAUAGUUCAAGAACGUGGAAGUGUGCUUGUAUUUUUACCAGGUUUGUGUGAAAUAAGCUACAUGCACUCAUGUCUCUCAAAUAUGUUUAAUAAAAGGUGGCAAGUGUACCCACUUCACUCACGUGUGACAUUAGAGGAACAAAGUAAUGUAUUUUUGACUACAGUUCCUGGCUACAGAAAAGUUAUUCUAUCUACAAACAUAGCUGAGAGCUCUGUAACAGUUCCUGAUGUUAAGUAUGUGAUAGAUUUCUGCUUAACUAGAACUUUGGUUUGUGAUGAGGAAACUAAUUACCAAAGUUUGAGACUUUGCUGGGCAUCUAAAACAAACUGUAAUCAAAGAAAAGGUCGUGCCGGACGUGUUUCCAAAGGAUAUUGUUAUAGGCUUGUACACAAGGACUUCUGGACAGAUUUUAUUCCAGAGAAGUCAGUACCUGAGAUACUGCGUUGUCCAUUGGGAACUACAGUCUUAAAAAUAAAAAAGCUUGAUAUGGGGGAACCAAAAGCUUUGCUGGCAACAGCUCUUUCUCCACCCAGAGUAGGUGACAUUGAACGUACCAUACUUCAGCUGAAAGAGCUGGGAGCGCUUACAACUUGUGUGCAAACAGAAGAAAAUCCGCAUGAUGGUGAGCUGACUUUCUUAGGAAGGGUGUUGGCACAGUUGCCAGUGGAUCUGCAUCUUGGAAAAUUGAUAGUCCUUGGGCAUGUCUUUGGGUGCUUAGAAGAAUGCCUUAUAAUAGCUGCAGCACUCUCUUUGCGAAAUUUUUUUGCAGUACCUUUCAAACAGCAUGUCGAUGGAUACAGGAACAAACUGUUUUUUGCUGGGAAUAGUAAGAGUGACUGUAUUGCAAUUGUGAAUGCAUUUAAGGCAUGGCAGGCCUGCAGAGAAAAAGGGGAGCUGAGACACCCCAAGGAAGAGCUUGAGUGGGGUCGAUCAAAUUGUAUUCAUAUCAAGAAGGUCAGAGAGGUGGCAGAGUUAUUUCACAACUUGAAAAAACGAGUCAGAGCAUUUAACAUGUGUGUUAAUGCUCAACCAUCUGCUAUGGAUCAGGAAUGUGUAUACAAACAACGUUUCAUUUUACAGGUUGUAAUAGCUGGUGCUUUCUAUCCAAACUACUUUACUUUUGGAAAAUGUAAUGAAGAAAUUGCCAUGAGAGACCUUGCUGGCAAAGAUCCAAAAACCACUGUAAUGCUGAAGAAUAUUCCUCCCUAUGGAUAUCUAUACCAUAAACAGUUGCAGUCACUGUUUAGACAGUGUGGGCAGGUAAAAUCUAUUGCCUAUGAUGGAUCAAAGGCUUUUGUGGAGUUCUCCCGUAACCCAAUGGAGGGCUUUAAGAUUCUUCCUGCAGUGUACCUGUCAGUCAAGAUGUCACAGCUGAAAAUUCCUCUUGAGCUGAAUGUUCAUUAUCCAGAUGAUAUCGAAAGGCAAUUGCAAGGUGUGACAGCUGCAAGUGUGGAAUCUAUAAGAGUAAAUGUAGACUGUCAGAAGCAGACAGUGGAGCCUGUGGAAAUCUCAUUUGGUACUUUACAACAGUCAAAGAUGAUCCCAAAUCGUCUUCUGUCCGUCAAGAUAACAGAGAUAGUAGAAGUUGGACACUUCUGGGGUUACAGAAUAGAUGAAAAAAAUAGGACUGUACUCCAGGCUCUGACUGCUGAAAUUAACUACCAGAAUCUGAUGGAUUUGCCAGUGUCUCCACAUCCCGAGUUGGUUUGUCUGGCACCAUUCACUCAUCUGGAAAACAGAGGAUACUAUAGAGCUCGUAUUCUGUAUGUUUGUGGAGACUUUGCUGAGGUUUUUUUUGUGGAUUAUGGCAAUAGAUCAAAAGUGCCUUUAAAGAAAUUAAAAGAGAUUCCAAGCUGUCUUCGAGACCUUCCUUUCCAGGCUUUAGAAUUCAAGAUAUGCAAGAUGCGUCCAUCUGCAAAAUCUCUUGUAUGUGGGGAAUGGUGGAGUUACAGUGCUAGCCAGAGAUUUGCCUCACUAGUAAAUGGCUAUACUCUUCUAGUGAAGGUGUAUUCACUUGUGCAUGGUGUUCUGCAUGUGGAUGUUUUCCGUUACUCGAGGUGCAAAGAGCUUGUGAAUAUUCGAGAUGUGCUUAUUGAAGAAUGUUAUGCUGAACUAGCAGAAGAAUCAUACGAAUCGCAACAAAGCCAUGACUUGCUCAAAGGAUUAUUUUUGGACAAAGAAAAGAAAGAAGAGAAAACACCUGUAUGUUCAAGAGAGGAAGAAAAGCACUUCAUUGAAAGAUUGUUAAACUUGUUUUCUGACAAUAAAUCCGGUGCGCCAACCCAUAAGGUAACAGUUUUUGGCCCAUUCAGUCCUUACGAGGUGAAAUGCUACAGUAUGACUAGAGUAUCCCAGUUCAGAAGUGCUCUCAUACAAAAGGAAAGCAUAAACUCUGUUGUUGUCCAUGAUGCUCCAGAAGAUUCCUUUCAGCAAUUGUUGGUUGCUGCUUCUUUAUCAGCAAAUGCAACUGGAUCUACUGUGUUUUUAGAGGAAACGUCUAUGAUGCCUCCUAUUCCUGGCCUGCUUGCGCUCCUCAGUAUGCUGUUUGCUCCUGCUAUAGAACUCAGGGUUGAUAAAAGUGGAAAGUAUUUUACUGGUGUUUUGUGUGGUUUGGGUUGGAGUCAGACUUGCAGGGCUCCACUGCUUCCAGAAAAUGACAUGGAGCUGACAUUUGAUGUGCAUUUUGGAGUGGAAGACAUAUCAGAGAUAAACAUCCUAAGGACAGCCAUUAAUAAGCUGCUCUGUGAAUGUGCAGUGUAUUCUGGACAAGAGAGAAUGACACAGCUGCAGGAAAACGUUCGUCAGAAACUUCUAUGCUUAAUCUGCAAAUCAAAACCUCGAGAUAUAAUUGUUCCUACAUGGUAUGAGAAACCAUAUGCAUGGAAUCAGGUGGAUUCUCAGCGUAUCAUUGACCAGUCUGAAAAGCAGCAUGAAAGAGGAAACGGUCUUUAUCAGCUACAUAAGCUUGUUGUGUUGAAUGUUUAAGUAUUUCUAGAAGUCUUUCAGAGGAAGGAGGUACUACAACUAGUCUAAAAAUUACUUCUGUCUUUUAUAUAACGGUUGGCGGCUUGUUUUGCAAGACUGUUCCUUAAC